GUAUCACCGGUAACUCGAGCAUUUUCACAAGCGCGUUUUGUUAAACAUGCACAUCAAUCUCAAGAAGAAAAGAAUAAAGAAAAUCAAUUGGAAUUAAAAAUGCCUCCCACGCACUCAUUUACCGCUGAACCUGAAGAUAUGAGAACAUACAACGAAAAAAGGAUGGAAUUAUUUUCUUCAGAUGAUUUAGGAUCCGAUAUGAGACAACGAAGAAUUUAUGAAUAUGAAGACACAUCCAAUAUUGAAACAGUUCUGCAGCAUCACAGAAAAACUCAAGAUGAACUUACAAGUGAAUUAGUAAAAAUGGCAGGAAAAUUAAAAAUGAAUUCGGUGACAUUUGGCGAUAUAUUGACCAAAGACGAAAAGAUAAUAGAUGAAGCUCAAAGUAGCCUCGGUAUUAAUUUAGAUAGAUUAAAAAAGGAAGGGAUGAGGUUGGGAUCGUAUGCUGCACAAUCCGGUAAAACAACAUGGUUG